CAAUUAUUGGGGGUGGAGAGAGGCUGGAAUUUUUGAGAGAGAGAGAGAAAGAAAAAGAAAAGUGGAGGGUCACUGUUCAUGUCCUGUGUAGAGACAGACAGACUCCAAAAACCCUAGGAAGAUGUUGAGAAACAUUCCAUUCAGCGUUUUGUAGUUGACCUGUGACCCACCCCCCAAAACACAUCACACCCUCCACACAUGCAUUGCGGUAUUGUACUCACGCAUUGUAGUAUUGUACACAUAUGCACCACCCAACACAAACAAGAAGAAAUCAACAAGAUCAAACAAGCAAAGUUCUAAACAAUCCAUCAAACAAACCUAGUUUGAUUUGAAGUUUUGAACACAAAAAAUGGAAGGAGAGAGAGGAGGGAUACCGAAUUACGAGCUGCAGGUAUCGUUCGCGCCACCGCAUGUGAUCCAGGAAAUGGGUUUUGUACAGUUUGAAGAUCAUAACCAGGUCAUGAGCUUCUUGGCCCCAUCUCAGCCUCUCAACGGUGGCGGCACCACCACUACCACCACCAAUAACAACGAUACCGAAGCUGGCAUGGGGUUUGGCCAUAAUGGACUCAGUAGCAGACCUUCAUGGAAUUCCAACCAGCAGGAGGCGCAAUUGGAUCCCAAGAACGUUAAUGAUGAAAAUGCCAAGGAUGGUAGCAAUUCAUGGUGGAGGAGCUCAUCGACCGAGAAGAACAAGGUUAAGAUGAGGAGAAAACUUAGAGAGCCAAGGUUUUGUUUUCAGACAAGAAGUGAGGUGGUGGAUGUGCUUGAUGAUGGUUACAAAUGGAGGAAAUAUGGCCAGAAAGUUGUUAAGAAUAGCCUUCAUCCAAGGAGAUUCUUAAUGCAUACAUUCCACAGGCGGAGGGUGAUAGAGUUCUUUUUUUCAGUAAACAAAUUAUUAUUGGAUCGUUUUUUCUUAAGGAGCUAUUAUCGUUGCACACACAGUAAUUGCAGAGUGAAGAAGCGGGUUGAACGAUUAUCAGAAGAUUGUCGAAUGGUGAUAACAACGUAUGAAGGAAGACACAACCACUCUCCAUGUGACGACUCAAAUUCAUCUGAACCCGAAUGCUUUACCUCAUUCUAAUGGCUCAUUAAUAGAGCAAGAACUUGUUGUAACAAUUAUAUAUAAUGUACAAGUUAGUUUGCAACAAUCUUUAUUUUAGAAGAUUGAGUGUAUCCAACAUAUGAUAUUGUAGAAAGUUUGAUUUUCUUGAA